CAAUCUCUUUUCUGCUUUAAAGUAGAAAGCAUUGAGUCGUUAUGCAGUAGUGUUUUAGACAUUCGACGAAGAAGAUCAAUAAUUAUAUAAUCAAUUUCGAAGUUUUUAACACGUUUAAGUUUAAUAAAAACGUUUUUCGUUUAAAACUAUAUAUCGAAGAAGAAAAGUUUAACCUAUAAUCAGAUAAUACAAUAACAAGAUUUGGAAUAUUAUGUCUACAGACGCGAGAAUGUCCUAUGAAAAGGAAAAGAAGAAAAAUCCCGAGCUAAAGGAUUCUGAUGUGCAGAUCCUGAAGGAAUGGUGCGCGAAGCAACCGCAUCUGCCAAAGAUCUCGGACUUCCAGUACGCGUUGUUCCUGCACAGCAAUUACUAUCGUAUGGAACCCACGAAGACCACCAUCGAAGCAUAUUACACAUCCAGAACUCAUCUGCCGGAGUUCUUCUGCGAUAGAGAUCCGCUCGGAACAAAAACGUUGCGAGAGGCGUUCAAAGUCACGGAAACAAAUUUAAAUUCUGCAACGAUGACGGAACACGUGAUGCCGGUUCAAUAUGUCGGCGUGGAGGAGGAGUGUAAACGGAAUCCGGAGCUGAAGGUAUCGGAUCUACAGAUGUUGAAGGAUUGGAUGGACAAGCAGCCGCAUCUGCCGGAUAUACCCAUAUUUUAUCUCAUCAUAUUUCUGCACUGCAAUUACUAUCGCAUAGAGCCAACCAAAACUACGAUAGAGAAUUUUUUCACCGUGAGGACGCACAUGCCAGAAGUGUUCUCGAACAGGGAUCCAGUCGCGUGGAAGGAACUGCGUAAAACCUUUACCGUUAUGACAAUGUUGCCGUUGAAGGAAAGAACCAAGGAGGAUUACAUAAUGACGUUCGGCAAGUUUCUGAAUCCAAGUCCGAAUCAAUUCAACUUCAAUGAGUGUCUCAAGUACCUCUUUAUGACAUGCGAAGUGCAAAAUGUGAUAGAAGGUACCAGCUGCGGUCUGGUCAUUAUUCUCGACGCGACGGGCUUCACCUUAGGCCAUAUUGCCCGCAUGAACCUGAUGAGUCUGAAGAAGAUCAUGUUCUUCAUACAAGAGGCUGCUCCGGUUAGGUUAAAGGCCAUCCAUGUGUUAAACGCCAUACCUGCUGCGGAAACGUUGCUGAAUAUGGUCAAACCUUUCGUGAAAGCGGAACUGUUGAGCUUUAUAUAUUUCCAUCCGAAUAUAGAGAGCGCGAGAAAACAUAUCCCCGUUGAGGCCUUACCGAAUGAAAUUGGUGGGCAAGCAGGACCUAUCAAGGAUUUGAUUAAUAAGCAUAUUAAAUUACUUGAGGAGUUUCGGGCAUGGUUUCUACACGAUGAGAGAGUCGAACGGGUGAACGAAUCCCUGCGAGUUAGCAAAUUCCAAGGCGGCGAUGGCUUAUUCGGCAUGGAUGGUAGCUUCAAAAAGCUCGAGAUAGAUUAGUCGGCACGAAGUGACACAUGCCGUUUGAUGCCGUUUUUUAACAGACUAUUCACGCAAAUUUUACGAUGAUCUGCAUGAAGACUAAGUUAGGAAAAAAGACUAUGUUAGCUAGACUCAAUUAUGUUUUUGUAAUGUAAAUAUUAAUUUAGCCACGCGGUUAGCAUGCGUGUAUAUAAAACUAUGUUAUUACCAAUAAUAAUUGUUACAUAAAUAAGCCAUA